AUGUGCGAGCUGAAAGAGAAUCUGUGGCUUUGUCUCGAAUGCGGAAAUACAGGGUGUGGACGAAGCCAGUUUGGUGGUUCCAAAGGGAAUUCCCAUGCACUAGCUCAUGCUGAAUCAACAUCUCAUGGUGUAGCAGUCAAAUUAGGCUCAAUCACCGCAGAAGGUACCGCAGAUGUCUACUGCUAUACCUGUAAUGAAGAGAGGACAGAUCCUGAGCUAGCAAAGCAUCUCGCACAUUGGGACAUCUUCCUUGCCGGUCGUGAAAAGACUGAAAAGAGCUUAAUGGAAAUGCAGGUAGAGCACAAUCUUUCCUGGGAAUUCUCUAUGACCACUGAUGAUGGUCGAGAGCUGACACCAGUAUUCGGCCCUGGCUUAACCGGUCUUAUAAACCUCGGCAACAGCUGUUAUCUAUCCAGCAUCAUGCAAUGCAUUUUCUCGAUUACUGGAUUCCAGGACCGCUAUUAUCAUCCUACCGAGGAGCCGCCAUUGUGUGAAGCUCCAGCGAAGGACCUUGAAACUCAAAUGAGGAAGCUAGCUGAUGGUCUGCUCUCUGGUCGGUAUUCUCAAGGUCGUAUACGUUCAGGAGUCACUGCGGACUCUUCAGAUCCUCCUCGCCAAAAUGGACUGGCACCGGCUAUGUUCAAGUAUCUCAUUGGUAAAGGUCAUGAAGAAUUCGCAACGAUGAGACAGCAAGACGCUUUCGAGUUCCUUUUGCAUCUUUUUAAAUGCGUCAGUCUUUCGAAGCAUUCGGAUGGUCAGGGUAAUCCUGUUAAACAAUUCCGGUUUCUGGUGGAACAGCGACUUCAGUGCCUUUCCUGCAAAAGAGCUCGUUACAAGAUAGACGAACAAGAUAACAUCUCUAUCGUGGUUCCUGCGCGUCGCGCCACUCCGGGGUCCGACAAAUACGAUCUACUAGUUGUGAAUGCCCGUCGCUUCGAAUUGGUUAACUGGGUUCCUACAAAGUUGGACAUUCCAGUAGCCGUAGACGAUGGCGCUAUUGACUUUGAACCUUAUCUGUCAAAAGCGCACGAUCCUGAUGAGGAGCUCCUACCGGAUGUUGAUGACAGAGUGACAUUUGUACCGAACGGGGCGGUAUUGGAUCAACUUCUCAGCAUGGGGUUUCCAAUGGCUAGGUGUGAGAAGGCUUUACAUGCAACAGGAAAUUCUGACCCUGAGUCAGCGAUGGAAUGGCUUUUUUCACAUAUGGAGGAUCCCGAUAUUGAUGAACCGCUGGUUCUAGACAAAUCCUCCAGCAAGCCGAACAGCGUUGAGCAAGAUCCUGCAAAAAUUGCGCAGUUGGGGGAAAUGGGCAUUGAUGAUAUGAAAGCUCAACGAGCACUGACUGCCACUGGGGGGGAUGUCAAUAGAGCUCUUGAUUGGGUUUUCAGUCAUCCAGAUGAUCAACCGGUGAAUGAAGACCAGCCUAGUCACGAUGAACCAUCUCGUGAGGAUCCGCCUGGCUUCGACAGUACGCCUGCUUGUUACCAGCUCCGGUCUAUUGUGUGCCACAAGGGAACAUCAGUACAUGCAGGUCACUAUGUAGCUGUUAUUCGCAAAUUAUUACCAGGUCAAAGUGAACCGGUCUGGGUCAUGUUCAAUGACGAGAAAGUGGCGAAACUCGAGGAUGUUGAGCAGAUGAAAAAGACUGCCUAUGUGUACUUUUUUACUCGACUUUAG